CGGAGCGCCCCAGUCCCCCCGGGUCCUCCUCGCCCGCCGCCCGCCGCCCACCGCCCGCGCCCGGCCCGCCGGCCCAUUCCUCCCGGACCGCACCGCCGCCGCCGGCCCGACCCCCGCCGCAGCCAUGGACGCCAUCAAGAAGAAGAUGCAGAUGCUGAAGCUGGACAAGGAGAACGCCAUCGACCGCGCCGAGCAGGCCGAGGCCGACAAGAAGCAGGCGGAGGACCGCUGCAAGCAGCUGGAGGAGGAGCAGCAGGCCCUCCAGAAGAAGCUGAAAGGGACGGAGGAUGAGGUGGAGAAGUAUUCCGAGGCCGUGAAGGACGCCCAGGAGAAGCUGGAGCUGGCCGAGAAGAAGGCCACCGAUGCUGAGGCAGAUGUGGCCUCCCUGAACCGCCGCAUUCAGCUGGUAGAGGAAGAGCUGGACCGGGCUCAGGAGCGUCUCGCUACCGCCCUGCAAAAGCUGGAAGAAGCUGAGAAGGCAGCUGAUGAGAGCGAGAGAGGAAUGAAGGUCAUUGAAAACCGAGCCAUGAAGGAUGAGGAAAAGAUGGAGCUGCAGGAGAUGCAGCUGAAGGAAGCCAAGCACAUCGCUGAGGAUUCAGACCGCAAAUAUGAGGAGGUGGCCAGGAAGCUGGUGAUCCUGGAAGGGGAGCUAGAGCGCUCGGAAGAAAGAGCUGAGGUGGCUGAGAGUAAAUGUGGGGACCUAGAGGAGGAGCUGAAAAUUGUUACCAACAACUUGAAAUCCCUGGAAGCCCAAGCAGACAAGUACUCCACCAAAGAGGACAAAUACGAAGAGGAGAUCAAACUGCUGGAGGAGAAGCUGAAGGAGGCUGAGACCCGAGCCGAGUUUGCCGAAAGGUCCGUGGCAAAGUUGGAGAAAACCAUCGAUGACCUGGAAGACGAAGUCUAUGCGCAGAAGAUGAAGUACAAGGCCAUCAGCGAGGAACUGGACAACGCGCUCAACGACAUCACCUCUCUCUGAGCCCCUUACCAGUGUGGCCCUCUCGGCCCCUCCUCUCCACUCCUUUCUAUUCUCUCUCCGAGGAGGGAUCAGGCAGGAGGAGAGAAAUUGCCAACACUGCACAGCCAUCACACGUGCUGCCCACCCUGGCACUUGCUUCCUCCUUCUCCCCAUCACUCCACCCUCCAGCCUCUACCUCUCUCUGCUGCUUAAUAAACUCAACUUGGUCUCCGUGCUGUU